AUGACCUACCGGAGCAUCCUCGAGGCGCAGGUGCAGCACUGGCUCCGUGGUGACUUCGUGGGCCCUUGCUUGCGGAGAGUACGGGACCUGACAGGCGCUUUUCAGACCUCCUUGGCGGAGGUUGUAAAGGAGCUCGAAGCCGUGCGGAGCGGCGCACGCGAGGACGCCAAAGUGCCUGACAUAGAGGCCAAGCGCCGUGAAGGAGACCGGAGGCAACGAACCGGAAAAGAUCGUUCAGAGCUGAAGAUGGAGGAGGCUCUCCAGAACAUCCUUCUUCAUCUGGAGAAAGAGAUGUCUCUCCUUGCCAACGUUACCGCGCCCAGAGGCGAGCUGAGCGAGCUGCUGCGCACGCAGCAACACCUCUCCAAUAUCGCAGCUGCGAGGCCCUUCUCUUUGGACGACCUCAGCGGCCACGCGCCUCCGCAAGUGACACCGAACGGACGAAAGCUCUCGAAGUCGGCGGCUGCAGGAGCCGAAGAGCCACCACAAGUCACAUACCUCGUGGUGCAGGAGGGCUUGGAAGCUCCGGUGCGAGCAGCGCGGCAGCUGGCUCGUCUCCUGUGCAUCAGCUGGAGCACCUAUCUUAGCAAGUGGGAGGGCCUCAUUCGAAGAUACCAAGAAGCCCGGAGCGCGUACCUGGAGUUUCAGCAGAAGUGCGCAGAAACGGCGAGGCAAAAACUACUGCGAGAUCUGCGAGAGCGGCCAUAUCUCUUCGAGGCAUUGGUCGGCGAGCUGCUUAUAUGUAGGGUUCGGUCGGACGUUAGUCAGUUAGCAUCAGCCAUCGGGACGUCUGCCUGCUUAAAGGAGAAGGACUAG